AUGGGCCGCAAAGAAUUCAUUCAGGAUGUCAAGACGCUUAAAGAACAUUUUCGUGGCUUAAGUUCUAAAAGUGCCGCUUUGGUAAAAGACUUUGAUUUUUCGGAUCCGGAAUUAAGUUUCAAGUUUACAUACAAGACUGGAAAAUCGUUUACUGUACAGAUCUUUGUCAAUGAUUCAUCUUUACAGUCUUAUCCAUCUUCGUUCAGUGCAUUUAUAUGUGUGGACAAUGCAAAUGAUGAUGAAUCUAAUACUGCUGCAAAGUGCUUAUCUAACGUCUGCAUCGAUAAAAAAUCGGUGAGCGAAGUUGUGGCAACUAUCGUAUCUAAACUAUGCGAACAUUUCAAGAUUUCUCUUCCAAAAGAACUCUCUAUGAACUCUUUAAUUAAAUUUGCUCGUUCUGCUGGAGGUUCUUCAGCUGCAAAGCCUACACCAUCGACAGUUCAGACUCCAAUUAUGAUGCUAAAUCGAGAUUUGGCUGAGGUGAAACAUUUUAAAUAUAAUGCUGAACUGCUUUGUGCGGAUCAAAUUGGCUUCAAAGUGGCCGUUUCUAUGCCGGUAACUCGACUUGGGCUGAGUUCAGAAGCUUGUGAUGC